AAGUGGGUAGGAGAGGUGCGUGUUGGAUAAGCCCGAGGGCUGUGGGUGGAUCACAAGAUCCCUGUGAGGAGCAAAGCAGCCCGUGCAGUCAGAUCUCCAGGAGCCUCACACUGAGGAGGGGUAUGGCAUCUCCCAUGAUAGAGGAAGAAGCUCGUUAUGUUUCCAGCCCUUUAGCAAUGCUCACUGCUGCCUGCAACAAGUUUGGGGGUUCCAGCCCUAUGAGGGAUUCCACAGUUUCAGCCAGAUCUGGAGUGAAGAAGCCAUACAGCCAAACCAAUGACUUCAGUGCUUCAAAACUAAUGGGGGACGGAUAUUCUUCAACAUACUUAGGGGGAAGCAAUAUAAUGACGCCAUGUGGGACACCCCCUGCACUUUCAAACUAUGGAGGAGACUUUGGAUCUUUCUCUCAUUCCUUCCCUUCCUCUUCAGGUUGCCAAGAGCCCAAGAGUCUCUCACCAGCAGAGUGUGUGCCUAGUGUAUACACAUCAUUAGAUAUGGGACAUGCAUAUGGCUCAUGGUACAAAACAGGCAUCCAUCAUCCUUCUCUGUCUAGUUCACCCCCAGGCAGUGGUGGUUCAUGGUGGGACAUGCAUCCAAAUACAAACUGGCUAGGAAACCAAUCACAGCCAGAUGGGCUGGCAGCUUCUAUGCCACCAGUAACAAGUCCAGUAGGCAUGAGCACCCAAUAUAGUGCAGAAUACACCACUCUUACCCCUGCCUCAUACCCCUCUGUGGGUUUUCCCUCCAUCUCUCCUUCCUCAAGCCCAUCCCCAUCUUCACACCUUCUGUCACCUUCCCAGCACACAUUGGCUCCAGAAAUGUACAAGCCAAAACUUUUGGCUGCUAACCCCUUGCUAGAAAGUCCAGGGUCAUUAAAGGCCCAAAGGGGGACAUCAUAUGGGAACUCUGGGCGUCCGUCAUGUGACUGUCCAAACUGCCAGGAGCUGGAGAGGCUUGGAGCUUCUGCUGCAGGUCUGAAGAGGAAGCCGGUGCACAGCUGUCACAUCCCUGGCUGUGGUAAAGUGUACGGUAAAGCCUCACAUCUCAAAGCUCACCUACGCUGGCACACAGGAGAGCGUCCUUUUGUUUGCAACUGGCUUUUCUGUGGCAAACGCUUCACCCGUAGCGAUGAGCUUGAGCGCCAUGUGCGCACCCACACACGUGAGAAAAAGUUCACUUGCCCACUCUGUGCAAAAAGGUUCACCCGCAGCGACCACUUGAGCAAGCACCAGCGAAGUCAUGUGGAUCAGCCAGGAGCAAAAGAUGAUGGAGUUCAAGGAGAUGGAGGAGCAGUGAGCGAGAACUCUGGUGAAAAAGGCAUGGCAUUAGCUGACAGCCCACCAGCCAGUGGUAGCCAAGAAAGGGCAUCUGGUAGCCCUGGCCAAGGAGGAUUGUUAGAAAUAUGAUGCUGAUAAACUCCGAUAACAAGCCACCUUACUGGAACUGUACAGCAGAUGAAAAAGUGAAGUAAAAAAAAAUAGGCUGAUGACUGUGCCUAAACUCUUGGCUCUUGAGCCAUAAUGGAAACAGUGUGUAAACUCUAUAUCAUGUUUAAAUAUUUGCAAAGACAUCCCCCCUGGUAGUUUGUGUUCUUUGCACAAGAGGAUUGAUGUCUUAUGUGAUGAGCUAUUUAUAGUGUUAAGAUACAAAAUCUAAUUGUAACAAAAAUAUGAGCUAAUUGGUCUAAUACACAAGGGUUUUACUGCACCGUACAACCCAGUGGUUCAUGAAGCUGAAAAAAACCUCUCUGGCACUAGAGAUACAUCCAGUACAAGUAAAAAUAGUGUUAUUGCAUGAUCUGCAUUCUUUAUGAUAAAAUAUGAGCAGAGGUGCAGCAGCGUCAUAUGACCUAAAAGGGCAACUGCAAACUGGCAGCCAUGCCACUGAAUAGAAUACACAGAAUUGUUAUAAUCCUGAAAGAGAAAUGUCCUGGGGGUCUAGUUUAGACCUGUGUAGUCUAAAUUUUGUAAACAAAAUUUGUACUUUUCUGUCAGGUAUUCUGGGGUGAGAAAUUUUUCUCCCCGGCCGAACCGAAUCCUAAUUUGCACAUGCAAAUUAGGGUCAGGGAGGGAAAUCACGUGACUUUUUUGUCACAAAACAAGGAAGUAAAAAAUGUUUUCCCCUUCCCACUCCUAAUUUUCAUAUGCAAAUUAAGACUCGGUUCGGUAUUCAGCCGAAUCUUUCACAAAGGAUUCGGCCGAAUUUAAAAUAGUGGAUUCGGUGCAUCCCUAUAUAUAACUGUGUAUUUAUGCCAACAGCAUGGUCUUUAAAAGGCAGCACUCUCUGAAGAACCCGGUUUAAGAAAAACAACCUCUGUACCACUGUAAAACAAAUAGUAGAUAAUUAAGUGUAAAUAUGGGGUUCUGGUCCCUCAGGUAUUCUAUGUAAGUGGCACAUAUGCAUGGAAUGGUUUUAUGGCUAUGGAAGAGCAAAGCUGCUCUAGGUUCAGUAUUCCUAUUCAUCUAUGUGCACUUGGGAGGUUGCGGAAACUCAUUAAAAGGGAACAAUAACCUUAACUAAAGCCUUUUGUUUGAUUUAAGGCCCCCAUACACAGGCCAAUAAUAGCUGCCGACAGAGUCAUCUGACGGGCUUCCCUGAUCGAUAUCUGGUUGAAAGUCGGCCAGAUCUCGAUCGGACGGGUUAAAAAAUCCAGACUGAUUGCAGCCGCAUCUGUGCGUGUAUGUGGUCCUGCGAUCCGUCCGUAACGGAUCCAUUAUCGCCGAUAUCGCCCAUUUCAAUGUGGGCAUAUUGGGGAGAGAUCCGCUCGUUUGGCGACAUCGUUUUUAAAAAAUUUGUAAAAAUUAUAUUAAGAAACAGUAAUGCCAUAAAGUGAAAAUGUUUGAAGAAUAAUGUUGUUUUCCUAUUCUUUUUGUGUUUGGCUCAUGGCACAUGUAGCAUUUUCUUUGUGAAAAAAAAGCCAGAUCUCAUCUGUGCCUCAUGUCAUUGACUAUAAUGGAAACCUGCUAGAUGAUGCUCAAAUGCACGUUUUUGGAGCAAGAUUAAUCUCCCGCAGAUUUCUAUUAUAGUCAAUUAUGAGUUGCAGCCAGGUUCUGGCAGCAAAUAAACACUGCUCCCCUUAGUGCUCUCGCUCCUUCCGUGGUCAUGUAUGGCCGCUUUUAUUUUAAUGAAUACAAGACAUUUUUAUGGUGUUACAGGUCAUUUUAUACAUCACUCCAGGCUCAUCAGGAUGGAAUUUAAACAUUUGUCGCAUUAUAUCAGAUGUCAGGAAAUAGUUCAAACACCUGAAAAGAAAAUUAUUCAUUCAGGUCAACAUUCAGGUUUUGGUAUCCCUAUAUUAUAAUGUAAAAAUGCUAAACAAAACCCCACCCAGUCUAUUGUGGUCAGUGUUUGUCUUACUUGGUACAUAUUCAUGACCUGCCCAAAGGCCCAGCAAAACAAAACUAAAAGCAUUUUACUGUAUAUAGUAUUGUGUUCUCUAGUAAUCACCCAGAUUUUGUACAAAGAAAAAAUGUGUGUACCGCUACAUAGGUCAUUUUUACUAUUUGUGUGUUCAUUUGAUAAUAUGCAUUUUUUUUAACUUAAUGCACAAUAGAUAUUCUCUUUAAUUUAACUGUUUGUAUAUAUGGAUAAGAGAGAGGGCAAUGUGCCUUGUGCUUGAACGUGAAAGUGCUGUUAAAAUGUUGCAUCCCAUAGUGGUGCUAAACAGGCUCUUCCACUGUGAUUCCAUUCGUGCGUGGGCCGAUGUGUGAACAAUGUGGGUCCCACUGAUGGUGAAUGCUGUGGAAAUGUUGAAGUGCACUUUCAUAAACUGUAUUAAUAUUGCACUCUGUACUGUAAGCUGUGGGGAAGCUAGACAUUCAAAUGAUUAGUUACCUGUAAAAUUAGAUGUAUUUACUACAGACAUUACUUCUUUUUUUUUAAAGAGUUUUUUGUGUGUUUUAAAACCUAUAUGUAUUGUUACAAACAUAAGUUUUAUAAGGUUAAAGUCAAAAUGGUGAAACUUGAUGUUACUAGGCCAUACAGAAAAAUCAUGUUAGGGCUCCCUUACUUUCCAAAAACUCACUUGCGUCAUAUAUAUAUAUACAUGUAUAUAGAUCUAAAGGUGGCCAUAGACAUAGAGAUCUGCUCGUUUGGAGAUGUCGCCAAACGAGCGGAUCUCUCCCCGGUGUGCCCACAUUGAAGUGAGCGAAAUCAGGUUGAUCCGAUCAUUGGGCCAUCAUAUUGCAUCCGAAAUGGGAGGUCGGAUUGCGGGGGCCACAUGAAUGCACAGAUGCGGCCGCAACGAGAUUUUUUAACCUGCCCAAUCAAGAUCUGCUGACUUUCAGGCAGAUAUCGAUUGGGCAAGCCCGUCGCAUGGCCCCACACACGGACCAAUAAGCUGCCGACUCGGUUUGUUGGCAGCUUUUAUUGGCCCGUGUAUGGGGGCCUUUACACAUUCAACCUUUAACGAUCCUGCCCCCCCCCGGCAGCCACCGGUUCCUCUGUUUCUACAUUCCUGCACCUCAUGGUACUUAGGUGAAUUUUAUGAAAUGUAUGACCCCUGUAAUGAAAUUAUGACUGUCCAUAUGUUUUCAAUACAAACAUUGCCAACCCAAAGUAUUCUAUUUGAAUGUUUCACGUACAGACAAUUGGAUGAAAUAAGAUUCAUAUCCCCAUAUGUAAUAAAAAGGCACUAAGUUUGCCCAGGAGCAGUAACCCAUAGCAACCAAUAAAAUGCUUGCUUUUAAACAGGUGACCAGUAAAUGCUACCUGCUGAUUGGUUGCUAUGGGUAACUGCUUGUGGGCAAACUUAGUGCCUUUUAUUACAGAACCCCAAUAAUGUAUUUUACAGAUGAAUCAAAUAAUAUCACAUAAGGUUAUAAACUGCAAUCAGUAUUACCAGAAAUCCAAUUUAAUGUCUAAGCAACUCCGCCUUAGGGAGACGUAGAGAGAUGCAAGACUAUUUUAGGGAGCAAUUGCUCAGGUUCUGGAAGGGCCAAAUUGUUUUAGUUCUUUAAACUCUAAUCCCAACACCCUCACCAACCAAGAGAGUAAAAAUAGAAGUAACAGGCCAAGCACCUACUUGGAAAAUAGGGUAAGAAAGUGUAACUUCACCACUGAUACUGUGCUUUGUGCGACACAAUGCAUUUUCCUCUAAGGAUCGCUGGCAAGUAAGCACUGAAACUACUUACUAGACAGACCCCUUAGAAAUGUGUUGCCUGCCCCUAAGCAGUACCUAAUAAACUGAUGCUAAGGGAUGACCUUAUAUUUUAAGUGUGUGUGUAACUUACUUUCGAGUCUAUUUUAUUUGAAUUUCUUAUUUAUUUGUAUUUUGUGCUUCAAUAAAUAAUAAUGAUAUAUA